AUGGAUACGACGUCCCGAGCUAGCUGCAGUGAUGCCGUUAUCUACAACAAAUGGACGCACGACCUUUACCAAGGUAGGCGUCGAUUCAUGAAUAUCCAGCGCGAAUAUAUCGAGCCCAUUGGUCUAUCCAUCCGACAUUUCGAAGACGGACCCUUCCUGCAAGUUGUUGCUAUGCCUUUCCAAACACCAGAUGAGACAGCGAUGGUCUCUUACAAAAAGUCCUCUGAGCAUUGGGAUACCUUCACUUCCAAACCAGUUGCACUUGGUCAUAUCGAUCGGGGAUUUUUCGAUAAAUAUCUUGAGAAAUGCAUCAAGCAUUUCCUUCUUCGUUACGAGAAGCACCCCGUAAUCGAACAGCUCCUCCGCCAGAAAGAGCAACUAUGCGUAAAAGCAACCUACCUGUUCGGCAUGUUAGGGCUGUUGAUGCGAGGCUGGUAUGAAGACUGUGUUCCAGCUCCUGAAGUACUUGCGAGCCAGAUGGACUCUCUUCUAGAGUUCAAAAUUGCGACUUUGGAAACAGCCCUCCUUAAUAAGCUUCAAGACAACCUGAGCCUGAACAAUACCAUGAGCAACAGCCUCGUGAUGUUGGCGAUUCUGGUGCUAUUAGAGAGAGAUCUAUGGCGACUCAUGCAUUGGGCGUUAUAUGGAAACAAUGCGCCUGACUGGAAACACCCAACACGUGCACCUGAUCUCAUGAGAGCGACACUACAGCAGGCCCAAGCAAUACUCGGAUUGUUCCAUAGUGUUGGGCAAUGGCCUUUUGAUACAUCAUCCUUUCACCGGCCUGUUAGAUACGACCCUCUUGAUUCGACCAGUCUUGAUAAUAGCCUCUUAUGUGAAGCAUUUGACGUGAAGAAAACACCAGAAAAGGCCGGCGAAGUGAUAGCAUCACUGACUUACGACAAUUUUAUCCAGUCAUAUAGCCCUACGGUCGAUGAACAAAGCUCAGAUCUAGGUGGUCAAUAUAUUGAGUUGUCAAGCAACAUUAAGAAUUCCAACAGUUACCCCGCAGAUGAAUCAAGCUGGCCUUUCGCAUCGCCUCACCUCAAUUUCUUCUUAAUCUUGUCGCAACAUCACAAGAUGGGCUUGACAUUUAUGGAUGAGCCCGAGGAGCUCCGUCUAUAUCUCGAAAAUUUGAACAAAACUCCUCGAAGGGGCUGGCUGAAGAGUGGAGUGCCUGGUGAUCAAUGCGAAACCGUCGCCCAACAUACAUAUCGUAUGCUGGAGAUCGUGGAAGAUUCCGCAUCCAGUCGGCCAGAUGUCGAUCUCAACCGCGCCCUCCAUAUAGCCAAAUUCCAUGAUUGCGCUGAAGCUGUCACAGGGGAUCACAUCCCCGGGGAGAUGACUUCAGAACAAAAGCGGGCUGAAGAAGAUGAAGCCUACGCUAUGUUCUGCUCACUAGAUCCCAAAAGGGGCCAGGUUAUCCGGGAAUCGUGCAUCGAGUAUCGUGAAGACAGUACGCUCACCGCAAGACUCGUCAAAGAUGCCGACAAAUUUCAACGUCUUGAGCAGGCGAACAUCUAUCGCAAAAUGUACCCCCAUUUGAAUUUCGACCGUUUCCAAUCAGACGCUAACCUAAUUCGCGAUCCUGAACUCAAAAAGAAGGCCGAUGGCAUACUGAAAGAAUGGAGAUCACAGGCUGUAAAAUGUGUCUUGGUCAUAGGGGCGCCGGGUGUUGGCAAAGGAACACAAUGCGCGCGAGCUUUGCAGUCGAAUAUGAACAUGAGACACGUGUCGGCUGGCGAGCUGCUUCGAAGUGCAAAGGACGAUGACAAAUCGCCUCAUCAUAAAGAGGCCGAAAGGGUUCUCCAAGGGACUACCCCAGCAUCUCCAGAGUUAAUCACUGCACUUAUAUAUGAGGCAGUUACCUCUCGGGAUUAUCGUGUUGCUCUAUUAGAUGGAUUUCCAUAUGAUUCUGCACAGUGGGAAGGUUACAAGAAAAUCUUUCCGAAUAUUUCUGGCGUGAUCCAUCUCGUCGCCUCGCCCAGUGUAUGCAAGAGUCGACUGCUAGGGCGUGCUAAGGACUCGCAGAGAGACGACGAUGUCGAAGUGAAGAUGGAAAAGAGAUUGGAAGGCUACAAAAACCGAGGCGAGGCGAUCGCCCUUCAGUUGAAAGGAGAAAGCCAGAAUGCAUAUUACGAGAUCGAUGCCGAACGAGACGAAGAAGAUGUCGCUUCCGAUUUCCAGAAGUAUCUCGAUUGUAUUCUGCUCAACGCUGCGCCUGCAACGCGUGCGAUCGUCGAGAGUUAG